GGCACCUCCGUGAUCCAACUAGGUAGCACUCGUUCAUCCGUCCACCCGCCAAAAUGCUCAGCAUCAUUUCCGACAUCAUCUCCUCCUUCACCGCCGUCGCGCACGCCGAGGCUGCCGAGGAGGAGAAGCCCGAGGAGCAGCCAGAAGCCCAGACCGAGGAGGCGUCCGAGGAGGAGGAAGAGGAAGAGGAAGAGCCCGAGGAUGUGAUGCCGAAGCUUGUGGAAGAUUGCGCCGAGCGUGAAUGCCACACCCAGAAGCACCACUACGAUGACUGCGCGCGACGCGUGACGCAGCAGAUGGACGAGAACGACGGGAAGGCCAACGAGGAUUGCGUUGAGGAGUUCUUCCACCUCACACAUUGUGCGACUGCUUGUGCUGCACCGAAACUGUGGAAAACCCUGAAAUAAAUUUCUCUCGUCCGACAACUCCCUCCUCCGCUCGAAAGUGUGAUGGAAAUCCUAGAGUGCGCAGUAUCGGUCAUGGGGGAAGCGGCAUUUGGUUACGGGUUUUAAAGAAGCCAUGUUCUCUUCUCCUGCUGUACAACAGACAAUGUACUUGUAGAGAC